CCUCACAUUAGUCCAGGCUUGCAACAUACGAAUGGCUGGCAGAACUUUCCCAAAUAUCACAUGAUUACGUGACUGUCAGCGUUUAACUCGAAACAAUUAUGAGAGACUGCAGGAAAAUGAAUACAUUUGACACUUCAAGGUGAUAUGACAGCCAGUACCAGGCAUCAUGUCUGUGGAUGGCCACCGGACGUCCGUUUUCACUUUCCAGUCUGCAGUUCACAGUUCCCAUGUCCUCCGCUCCCUGGAUGAGCAGCGACAGAACGACGUGCUGUGUGAUGUGACCGUUCUCGUGGAGAGUCGAAGUUACCGAGCCCAUUCUUCAGUGCUGGCCUCUUGCAGCGACUUCUUCCAUUCCAAAUUCCUGGGCCACGCCAGUCAGAGUCGAGUCAUCACUCUUCCUGACAAUGUGACCGUGGAAGGCUUUGAACCACUGCUGCAGUUUGCCUACACAGCAAAGCUUCUCUUCACCAAAGACAACAUUUUAGAGAUCCAUCAAUGCGCAAAAUUCUUGGGCUUUCAUAACCUGGACCAAUCCUGUUUUGAGUUUCUCAUUCCCAAAUUCCACAAGGAUGCCUGUGUCACAACAGAUGCUGAAAAAGCCAAAAGGAAGUCCUGUGGUGACAAAGGGCAUCAAUGUAAUGACACAACCACAUCUGGCCAAGACCUGGGCCCGGGUGAUGUGUCCGUAGACAUAUCCCCGAACACAACACAGGCCAUAUCCCCAAAUAAAACACAGGACAUAUCCCAGACCACAACGCAGGACAGCAUAGGCAUUGCAGGACAGUGCCUAGACCCCUGCCUUGUUGGUCAGCCCUCACAGCCCAGCACCUCUAUGUUACCAGAGGAGAAUUUAACCCUGGGCUUCCCCUCACCAAAGAGCCCUGCAUUCCCAGAGGCCCAUGGCCAAGACCAGUUCUGCCUGCAAAACUGUGGUCCUGAGCUGCAGCCCUCAUUAUCCACAGCGCCAGAGCAAGUGUGCCCCUUCCUAAAGAUGGUGGGCUCAAGUGGCGACGUCGGAGACUCCAUGGCAGACGAGACUAUGCUAGAUCUGGCCAGCAGUGGCUGCCCAAAUGAUGUUUCCAUGGAGACCUGUCCCAUUUUGGACCAGCAAUCUCAGUCUCCCCUCUCUGGUCAGAUCGGCGUGCCUGAGGCAUGCAGUCCACCCCCAGACCAAGCUAUGGUAAGGACCCCCAACCAAAGUAGCCAGCGGCUGUGCCAGCUGAACUCACCUGAGCCCUUAGAGCCAGGGAGCGUCAUGGGUAGCACCGACGCAGAGUCGGACCUCAGUUUCGACACUGCUGGCCACGCACCGUCCUGUAUCACUUCCAUGAAAACGUCUGGAAAUCGGAGCAGUGUUGAGAGGGAGGUGGCCGAGCACCUGGCCAAGGGCUUCUGGUGCGACUUGGGUGCUUCCUUGUCCGAGCCCAUGCCCCUGGACGAAGUGGUGGAGCAGUCUGCGUCGGAGAACGCCAGCGCCGCCGCCGACUUCCACUGGCUCAAGCACCUGGAUCUCAGCUCGACCACGGGAGAGUGCCCCUUCCUGAGGAACCUGGGGUCGGAGGAGGCCCAGACGCCGGUGGUGGACUGCUCCAACCUGCCGCAGCAGGAGAAGAGCCCGAGCCCCUGCAUGUCCCCCAUCAACUCUGAGGACGACCUGCACUCAGACACUGAGGGGGAGAGGGAGGGGCGCCGGGAGCGGGCAGAGGAGAUUCAGCUGCCCUUCCCGGUGGAGCAGAUCCCCAACAUGACCCGCAGCGCGUUCCAGCAGAUGCUACGGCAACAGAACCUGACCCAGGAACAGCUUGAGUUUGUCCACGACGUCCGUCGCCGGAGCAAGAACCGUGUGGCCGCCCAGCGCUCCCGAAAAAGGAAGCUGGACUGCAUUCGGAAGCUGGAGUGCGAGAUUAAGAAACUGCGAGGUCAGAAGGAGAAGCUGCUGCAGGAGCGGAGCCACCUGAAGCUGAGCAUGGGCCAGACGCUGCAGGGCCUCUCGGGCCUGUGCCAGGCCGUGUGUGGCGAGGCCGGCCCGCAGCCCGACCAGCUGCAGCUCCUGGCCCAGCACCUGUCCCCCAAUUCCCCCUCCUCGGUCCUCCUCACCCCCAUGGCGUCGCCCAACCUGGCAGGCCAGGAGCGGGACGUCCCGGGGCCCGACGGCAGCGGAAGCGGCAGCAGCAGCAGCUGUGGCGGUGGCAGCGCCACCAAAGAGCCCUCCGAGGUGGAGGCGGCGACCCCAUGCCUGCAGGCAGAGCCUGCGAUGCCAGAAGAGAAUGAGGAGUCGAGGGAGGACCGGACGUGCGACGGCCUCCUCAGGGACGACACCGCCGCACCCUGAUCAACUAGGGCACGCCAAUGGUGGCCAGGUGGACUGUCUGUCUUUUCUGGACUUUUUUUCCCCCUCGCUCUUUCUACUUUCCACAGGUGGUUUGUCUGCUUUUUCUGACUUUGACUCGGGGUGGGAGUACAAAGACAAAAUCUAAGACCUGCUCUCUUUUCAUAGGAAUUAUGCAAUAUAUGCACUAAUAAUCACUUUGGCAUUAAACAAACUGACUGAACAUUAACAAGAUAAAGACAUUUGACCCCACUAGCAUUUAUACUGUACUAUGCAUUAAUUUGGGUUAGAUGUCAGGGACAUCACAUUUUGGAGGAAAAAAAGAGGCUGAUACUGGAUAGAGUUUUUCAGUAUCACGCCACAGAUUAUUGCAGAAUAGUUAUUACUGUACUCGAUGCAUGUUAUUAAUGGCCUGUUUCUGAUGCAAAUAUGGAAUUCUUUAAUGUUAAUGAUGCACUGCCCUUUGCAUACUGUACCUGCCUCAUUUAAACCCAUUUGAAUUUCUAAGCGUCAUGUUUGUGCAAUCCUUCACUACAAGGUUCUGUUAGUGCGUCUUAACUUACAUUGUGUGCAUUGCUAUGAAUUGAAUGGAUUAUGCUAAUCUAUGUCAGGUGCACUUUUUCUUCUCAUGCAGAAUUGCAUGUUGCUACAAACAUAAAAAACAACAUGUGCUGAAUAUGCUAAGCUCACUCAUUUCAUUGUGCUUAUUAGAAUUAUUGAGCUUACUAACAUUUUGAUUACAUAGUACCUAAUUCCAUCCAUAAUUCCAUUUUCAUUUUAAUCCACAUUUUCAUUGGGUUAUAAUUUUCGUUUUGAAGUUAAAAUUCAAUGGAAAAACAACCCACUGAUCUUCAGCUAGUUGGCUUGUAGAUUUCCACAUUUGACCAGUAAGUUCUUUUAACAGACAGGUUAAGAUCUAUACCGCAGGUGUUAAGAUUAACUGCAUUAACAACAUUUGACAGCAAGGUAAAGCCAUUAUCAUCUGUCAUAUUACCAGUCUAGCCUAUUUUGUUGCCAAAGUGUAUCAUGUCUCUGCCUUGGAGGUGGAACAAUUUCUAAUAGUUUGCAGAUUCAAAAAAAUAAAAACUCACUGCAGCACUCAGCUAGACAUGUAUGACUUGUCAAGUGAAGAAAAAAUUAAUACAAAACAUUGAAUUAAUUCAGGUUUCUUCUGGCUCUCCUAUCCCCCCACCCCAUUUCUUAUGUUCACUGCCGCUGAACUCUUGGACCAAAGUGCAGAUUAUGGGGAGCCUUCAUGCAGCCCCCCCCC